GGCGGCGGCGGCGGCGGCGGCGGCCGGGGCGCCGGCUGGGGGGGCGCUGAGGCGAGAGCUGUGGCGGCGCUGGGCGCCCCUCGCCCCUCGGCCUCGGCGGGCCAUGGGCUCCGAAAAGGACUCCGAGUCGCCGCGCUCCACGUCCAUCCACGCGGCCGCGCCCGAGCCCAAGUGCCGCAGCGGCGGCCGGCGCCGGCGCCUCACCUUCCACAGCGUCUUCUCGGCGUCGGCUCGCGGCCGCCGCGCCCGGGCCAAGCAUCAGGCCGAGCCGCCGCCCCCGGCCGCGCCGCCGCCCCCCGCCCCGGCCGCGGCCGCGGCCCCGGCGCCGCCGCCCGACGCGCUGCCCGCCGAGGCGGGGGUCGAGGCCGAGGCGGAGGCCGCGGUGGCGGCGGCGGCGGCGGCGACGACGGCGGGGCCGGCGGCGGCGGCGGCGGCGGCGGGGCCGGACGAUGAGGCGGCGGCCGAGGGCGGCGGCGCGGGCUCGGACGAGGUGGAGUGCCCGCUGUGCCUGGUGCGGCUGCCGCCCGAGCGGGCCCCGCGCCUGCUCAGCUGCCCGCACCGCUCGUGCCGCGACUGCCUCCGCCACUACCUGCGCCUGGAGAUCAGCGAGAGCCGUGUCCCCAUCAGCUGCCCCGAGUGCAGCGAGCGCCUCAACCCGCACGACAUCCGCCUGCUGCUGGCCGACCCGCCGCUCAUGCACAAGUACGAGGAGUUCAUGCUGCGCCGCUACCUGGCCUCGGACCCCGACUGCCGCUGGUGCCCGGCGCCCGACUGCGGUUAUGCUGUUAUAGCGUAUGGCUGUGCCAGCUGCCCAAAGCUGACCUGUGAGAGGGAAGGCUGCCAGACUGAGUUCUGCUACCACUGCAAGCAAAUAUGGCAUCCAAACCAGACCUGCGAUAUGGCCCGUCAGCAGAGGGCACAGACUUUACGAGUGCGGACCAAGCACACAUCAGGUCUUAGUUAUGGUCAAGAAUCUGGACCAGAUGACAUCAAGCCAUGCCCACGAUGCAGUGCUUACAUUAUUAAGAUGAAUGAUGGAAGCUGCAACCAUAUGACCUGUGCAGUGUGUGGCUGUGAAUUCUGUUGGCUUUGUAUGAAAGAGAUCUCAGACUUGCAUUACCUCAGUCCCUCUGGCUGCACAUUCUGGGGCAAGAAACCAUGGAGCCGCAAGAAGAAAAUUCUUUGGCAGUUGGGCACAUUAAUUGGUGCUCCAGUGGGGAUUUCUCUCAUUGCUGGCAUUGCCAUCCCUGCCAUGGUCAUUGGCAUUCCUGUGUAUGUUGGCAGAAAGAUUCACAGCAGAUAUGAGGGAAGGAAAACCUCCAAACAUAAGAGGAAUUUGGCCAUCACAGGAGGGGUAACCUUGUCAGUCAUUGCAUCCCCAGUUAUUGCAGCAGUUAGUGUUGGUAUUGGUGUCCCCAUUAUGCUGGCAUAUGUCUAUGGGGUUGUGCCCAUUUCUCUCUGUCGUGGUGGCGGCUGUGGAGUUAGCACAGCCAAUGGAAAGGGAGUGAAAAUUGAGUUUGAUGAAGAUGAUGGUCCAAUCACAGUGGCAGAUGCCUGGCGAGCCCUCAAGAAUCCCAGCAUUGGGGAAAGCAGCAUUGAAGGCCUGACAAGUGUGCUGAGCACCAGUGGAAGCCCUACAGAUGGACUCAGUGUUAUGCAGGGCCCAUACAGUGAAACAGCCAGUUUUGCAGCCCUCUCGGGGGGCACAUUGAGUGGUGGCAUUCUUUCCAGUGGCAAGGGAAAAUACAGCAGGUUAGAAGUCCAAGCCGAUGUCCAAAAGGAAAUUUUCCCCAAAGACACAGCCAGUCUUGGUGCAAUUAGUGACAACGCAAGUACUCGUGCUAUGGCCGGUUCCAUUAUCAGUUCCUACAACCCACAGGACAGAGAAUGUAACAAUAUGGAAAUCCAAGUGGACAUUGAAGCCAAACCAAGCCAUUAUCAGCUGGUUAGUGGGAGCAGCACAGAGGACUCACUCCAUGUUCAUGCUCAGAUGGCGGAGAAUGAAGAAGAAAGUAGUGGUGGCGGCAGCAGUGGCAGUAAUGAAGAAGACCCCUCCUGCAAACACCAAAGCUGUGAACAGAAAGACUGCCUGGCCAGCAAACCUUGGGACAUCAGCCUGGCCCAACCCGAGAGCAUCCGCAGUGACCUGGAGAGCUCUGAUACACAGUCAGACGAUGUGCCAGACAUCACCUCGGAUGAGUGUGGCUCCCCUCGCCCCCACACUACAGCCUGCCCCUCGACCCCCAGAGCUCAAGGUGCACCAAGCCCAAGUGCCCAUAUGAACCUCUCUGUGCCAGCUGAGGGGAAGACUCUUUCGAAGCUAGAAGCUGGAGAAGCCAGAGUAUGAAGUGGAAUGAAUGCUCCUGUUCUGAGAAGCACACUUGUAACUUCAUCUUUUGGAAUCUUUUUUUUUUUUUUGGGGCGGGGGGCGGGAAACGAAGGGAUUUAUGUAUUUUAUUUCAAAGAUUCUCUGGUCACAGGUUUUCCCCAGGGAAAUUCUGAGAAAUUUGCGAUUUCUUACUGGAUAAAACAUGGAAGUUUACCCCUUUGUCCCACGCCCCUCACCCUUCCCCUUUUUCUAGUUUUAAUUUAUUGGUUAAACUGAUGGUGGCAAUCUGUGAGGUGUGUCAAAGAGUGUACAGAUGUAUGUGUGUAUAUUGUAUGUAUGCUAACCUUACUGAAGGACACAUUUUAAUAAAGAUUUCUGUCAUAAUUCAA